AUGCAAAGCGAGCAAUUCGCCAGCCAGCCGAAGCGGCUGCGGAGCGAGGCGAAAACGUUCGCUGAAGACUCGCCAAACCCAUUACUCGCCGAGGAGGUCAUCGAUGGGAACUCAUUAAAUAAGCGAGAGACCAUUGACAACCUUAUCAGCACACUACAGCGAUUGCGAGAUGAAGGGGAUUCCUUGCCUCCAUCUACGGUGGAUGUGUUGAAUUCAAUGGGUCCCGCACUCCAAGCUGUCCCAUACAUAGUGCCUCAGCAAAAACUGGUAAAAACUUCCACUCACAGUUUGGAAAAUAUCAACAAGUAUCCUUACUAUUCAGGAAUUAUCAUGUUGGCGUGA